AGGUCUUUUCAGUUAUGGUCAAAGAGAUGGCUAAAUGGUCAUUAGGAAAUGAUUUGCAGUAGAACUCUGACCAAGCAAGGGAAAAGGAAAGAAAAGGGCAGGAUGCAGAAAAGGAACAUGUGCUUUAUGCCUCGUUUUUGAAAAUAACUAGCAAUUAUAAUUACUCACCUUGUUUUACAGCUCAGAAAGAAAGUGGCAUUGCACAAAGCCAUACCAACAUCCGUCGUGAUUAGAAAGUGCUCCACACCUUGGAGAAGAGUGGAGACAUAAGAAUAAUUUCAAAUGCAAAUUAAAUUGAGGGGGUAGCAGAGAGAAUAUAUAAAAGACAGUAAAACAAAACCUUUCCAUUUUCCCAAAUUAGCAGUCUGAUGUGUUCAAAAAAGCACUUCAGCUUAGAUCUCAUACUUAAAGGUUGCAUUUCAUCAUAAUAUAAAAUAGGCAAAUCCAUCAUUUUUCUUUUCUCAGUGUUCUUGGAUCGUAUUUGAAGGGAAAAUUAGAAACUGUUCAUUUUGGCUGGCAGGCUCCGGUGUAGUGCACAGCUCUGUUCCAUGCACUGCAGCAUGAUUGAAGGGGGUCCAUAACUGCUGGAACUGAGCUGAAUUUUUCUCCUUGAAACUAAAGAAACAGCACAUUUAUAUUAUCAAGGAUGGAUUACCCAAAGAUGGAUUACUUUCUGGAUGUUGAAUCUGCUCACAGACUGUUCUACAGUCAAGGAGCUCAAGCUCGCCGGGCGACCCUGCUCCUUCCUCCCACAUUAAUGGCGGCAUCUUCGGAAGAUGAUAUAGACCGGCGGCCCAUCAGGAGAGUGCGGUCCAAGAGCGAUACUCCGUAUCUCGCCGAGGCUAGGAUCUCCUUUAACCUGGGGGCAGCUGAGGAAGUGGAGAGACUGGCGGCAAUGCGCUCUGACUCCCUGGUCCCCGGUACCCACACCCCGCCAAUCCGGAGAAGAAGUAAGUUUGCUAAUCUGGGAAGGAUUUUCAAGCCAUGGAAAUGGAGGAAGAAGAAAAGUGAAAAGUUCAAGCACACAUCAGCAGCCCUGGAAAGAAAAAUAUCAAUGCGACAAAGCAGAGAAGAGCUUAUAAAACGAGGAGUCUUGAAGGAAAUCUAUGAUAAAGAUGGAGAACUUUCAAUAUCCAGUGAAGAGGGAUCAUUGGAGAAUGGUCAAUCCUUGAGCUCCAGCCAGCUUUCACUUCCUGCUCUUUCAGAAAUGGAACCAGUUCCGAUGCCCAGGGAUCCCUGCUCUUAUGAGGUGCUCCAACCCUCAGACAUCAUGGAUGGGACAGUGUCUGAAGAAAGCCCCUCAGCCAGUGAGUCCGGAGCCCUCCUGUCCCAAGAUCCUUCAGCUAAGCCAGUUCUGCUACUUCCCCCAAAAAAAACUGCUGCUUUCCCUGGAGACCAUGAGGAGACCCCAGUGAAACAGUUGCCCCUCCUCAAGCAGCCCCCUGCCCUGCCUCCUAAACCCAUUGCCAGGAUUGCCAACCAUUUAACGGAUCCUGGCGCCCCUGUGAAAUUGCCUUGUUUGCCAGUGAAACUGUCUCCUCCGCUACCUCCAAAGAAAGUCAUGAUUUGCAUGCCUUUAGGAGGGCCAGAACUCUCCCUUGCUUCCUACGCUGCUCAGAAGAGUGCCCAGCAGGCCAUGGCUCAGCAUCACCAUACUGUCCUGCCAUCCCAGUUGCAACAUCAGCUGCAGUAUGGCAGCCACAGCCAGCACCUCCCCUCCGCCUCCAGCUCACUACCUAUGCAGCCAUCAGGUUGCAGGAUGAUAGAUGAAUUGAAUAAGACACUGGCAAUGACCAUGCAGCGACUGGAAAGUUCUGACCAGCGAGUGCCCUGUUCUUCUUCCUACCACAGUUCUAGCUUACACUCGAGUGACGGUGUCACAAAAACAGGACCGAUGGGCCUUCCAGACCUAAGACAAGUGCCAACCGUUGUGAUUGAAUGUGAUGACAAUAAAGAAAAUGUGCCUCAUGAAUCUGAUUAUGAAGAUUCCUCCUGUCUGUACACAAGGGAAGAGGAGGAUGAGGAUGAAGAUGAAGAUGAUGACAGCUCAUUAUACACUAGUUCUUUGGCUAUGAAGGUGUGCCGAAAGGAUUCCUUGGCCAUCAAGCUCAGCAACAGGCCCUCCAAGCGAGAACUAGAAGAAAAAAAUAUUUUGCCCAGGCAGACUGAUGAGGAGAGGCUGGAAUUGAGGCAGCAGAUUGGGACCAAGCUUACCAGGCGACUGAGCCAGAGGCCAACUGCUGAGGAGUUGGAGCAAAGGAACAUUCUGAAACCUCGUAAUGAACAAGAAGAACAAGAAGAAAAACGAGAGAUCAAGAGGAGGCUAACCCGAAAGCUCAGUCAGAGGCCCACGGUUGAAGAACUCCGUGAAAGGAAGAUUCUCAUUCGCUUCAGUGAUUAUGUGGAAGUGGCCGAUGCUCAGGAUUAUGACAGAAGAGCAGACAAGCCCUGGACUCGACUUACUGCUGCAGACAAAGCUGCCAUUCGAAAAGAACUCAAUGAAUUUAAAAGCACUGAAAUGGAAGUUCAUGAAUUAAGUAGACAUCUAACAAGGUUUCAUCGACCGUAGCAGUUGAAUUCCACUUGAGUACUAUGCUGUCUUCAAAACAUGAAUUUAUAAGAACCAUAAGUGCUGGUAUUAUUCACUUCUCCCAUUACCAUGUAAAUCUUCUGAACUGCCUUUUUUUAAAAGAAGAGAAAAGAAGAAAAAUAAACAUAAUGAGGAUUAUAUAUAUAUUAUACAUAUCUGUAAACUUGAUGGUUACCAUUCAGUCAUCAGACCUGCUGACAUAACUUCUGACAGUGAAAUACCCCCCACCCCACCCCUGGCAGGGCCAAGGACAACAGCUUGGCGUCCUCAUUUUAAGACUUUCUGGCAUGUGGAUGUGUCCUAUUUGUCCAAGCCCAGCUGGUAACUGCAUUCAUUCUGUCUUCAGCCACCCUCAUUCUCGCAAGUUUCUGUCACUCAACUCCAAAGAAAACUGAAUGACUGUACAGAGUAAAAAAGUUCAGAUUAGCCUUUUAAGUAAAAUCCCAAGCACUUAAACCAAAUGUGGCUUCUGGUUUGGGAAGCACCUUAGGAGGAGGAAGCAGUUGGGGAGUGCUGCUCUUAGUGACCCCUUUCCUUACCAUUCCUUCCAUCCCAUACCUGUCUCCAUCCUCCAUACACUAAACACAAAGGAAAGCCCUUUUCUACCUGAGUUUAUAAUCAACUAUUGGUCACAAGAGGGGUGUGCACUUUGAGGAGCUGAAAGUUCAUCCUGGAUAACUGGUAGAAUUAUCUCAGACCAAAGCUGUCUCCUUCCAGCAAAAUUUGCUUAAAAUGAAUAAAGUCAGCAUAUUUAUUUAUUAAUGAAAAUGGAUGAUCCCCAAUUGUUAAGAAAUCAGAAUGCCACUGGCAUUCUCUCUCACACAUACAUAAUAACUGAAUGUUAUUAAGGUACAAUGGUUAUAUAGGCAUGUAUUUAUAAAACUUGCUUUAUGGACACAAUGGUCUACCUAGCCACCCUGCUUGGCUUCUGUUCUCAAUUUUCCUAAUGUGCUCCAAUGUUGGUUUUUGUAAAGUGCACCAUUUCAAGAUUAUGUAUGUCUUGGAAGUGAAGUGGGCACAGCAACAAAGCCUGAAGGGCUGGAAACAAGAGUUCAUGCCGCCACCAUUGGUCCUUAAAUAACAGAUGGGCCCCUCCUCCAAAAACACCACAUUUGGCUUUCAAUUCCCUCAUCUUUUGCUUUGAAGAGUUCUCUUGGAGGCACAUUGGUAAUUCUAUGUGAGCUCAGCAUGCAUCAGAACUGUACAGCUAAGAACACCAGCCAUCCCAUGGUGCACCCUCUUGAUCCUUUAAAAUCAGCAUCAUUUUUUUUCCCAACUCUUUUAUAAUGCAAAUAAGAAUGAGUUGAUUUACAAAAUGCUUGGCCUAAUUGGCCAGUAAAAAAGAAAAUGCACUAAUCUUGAGGGAAUAUGGAUCUCUCAAUGCAUUAUGAUGAAAAGACGCAACUCUUAAACAAUCUCUGACAGUGGACAUAGCUACUGUCCUUGAGGGAGUCAUAUUUACUUUAAUUUUGUUUCUGAGAGAGCCAAUAAGUCCGGAAUAAUAAAGCUCUCUACCCAGAUAUGUGUGAAAA